AUGGCUGAACCUGGCUGUCAGACUUCUUCUGAGGAAAGUCUCAGCACCGUGGAGCCCACAGCAGUGGACCCAAUGAGCCGGAAGCAGAAGCAGCCUAGGCGCGGAGGCCUCCGUCGUGGCAGUGGCUGCGGCUCCCGCCGCUGCCUCGACAGUUUCGCCACCUACUUCGCCAGGGUUCUGAAGCAUGUUCACGAGGGCCUCAGCCUCUCGCAGGAGGCCGUGAGCGUCAUGGAUUCGUUCGUCAAGGAUAUCUUCGAGCGCAUCGCCGAGGAGGCCUCUCGCCUUGCCAGCUUCACAAAGCGCUCCACCAUCACCACCAGGGAGAUCCAGACAGCUGUGCGCCUGCUGUUGCCUGGGGAGAUUGGCAAGCACGCCAUGUCCGAGGCCAUGAAGGCCGUCAUCAGGUUCUACAGAUGCAAAUGA